UCGACAAUGUCAAGUUUCUUCUCGCCAACCUCUCGAACGUGGAACUCAAUUCCAACGCGAGGACGAUGAUCGUGUUGAGUCCAUCGCCUCCAGUACUCGCCGCCAGAGGGACCGUUUUUCUCGCAAGCGCUCGACCUUCCAAUAUUCCGGCGUCUAAAGCAGAGUCUGCUAGGAUGCCACCUCUUUCCUUUCCUUUUCCAUCUCUCGCCAACAGGACCCCACGAUCGUAAAAUACGGGAACAAUCCCGUAAUCAGGAUGGUGAUCGCGAGCGAAUCCAGCGUCGAAACCAUGUCGAACACGGCGGGCAAGCUGAGAAGGUCCCGCAGAUUGUCGUCGACGAGGGGUUUGAAGGUUCGUGGCAGCGCAAACACGGCUGGACAAACGAUCCCCCGACAAGAUCUCAAUCAGAAGCUGGGUCUGUGUCCCAUAGUUAGCAGGAACGUGACCGAUACAAAGGGACGGCCGGCGAUCAAUUGGGAAUUGAACGAGAGGAUCAGCCUGAGCAGCGGUUCCAGCACAGGUCUGUCCGUGAGACCGGACGCCAGGAGGGGCAUCGAGUUCAGCGAGAAUCGCAAGAAGCCGGAUAUCGACGCGAUCAACGAGAACGGGAACGAUCGUCGCGAGAACAGAAACGCGAAGGUGGGUCUGGAACUGAUGAACGUGUCGGGAUUCCGUCAGGACGCGGAGAAGAAACGUCGUGGCUCGUGGUCGAUCGACGUGGACGUGAUAGAGCGACCCGACGAGGAGGAGAACGUCAUCAAAAGCGACUCGAAGUACGAGAUCGGGAUACCCGGGGACGGUUCGUCGGGCAGAAAGCAGAAACAGAGGAGGCAGCUGCCUCAGAAAUCGACGAAGAACGAGGAGGAGGAGGGGCCGAAUCGAUGGGGCAGAAAGAAGACGGACAAGACCAACGAUUCGAUCACCAAGAGGUUGGAGCUGAUUCACGAAUUGAAUCAGAAGAUUCUCGCGAAUUACGAGAGGUUCCAACAAAAGUCGAAGCGCAAAGAGGGCAAAGACGUGGGCGAAACGGUGUCGAAGGUGCAGAUCGGUAGGAGUCGUGCGAUCUCGGAGGAGAAGGAACGCAAGAGCAGAACGAAAACGGAAUGCGUCGUUAGGAAGUGUCAGGAUUCACUGAGGCAACGGAAGCUGGACAUCAACAAGUUCACGUUCUCCAAGGAUCAUUGCGAGAAGGUGGCCGCGUUGGACAAGAAACGAUCGACGAAGACCUCGAGAUCGAGGAUCUGCGAUAACGAGAACUUCAUCAUGGCGGCCAAACCCGGCUUCCAGGACGAUAAAGCCAGGACCGUUACGAGAUCCGAAUGCUCCAGGUCGAGGAAGGACGAGGGAAGAUGCCCGAACGACUCGUCGGGGAGGCACGUAGACGCGACGAUCAACGGCGAGGAUUGUCUGGGGAGCUCCGGAUUGUACCCGGAGACUUAUUCCAAUAGCUGUAACGAAGUGAAAAUCGAUGACGAGGUGAAUCGUACACGAGCAAACAGGGACGAAGGGACUCGCGACACCAUCGAUCGGGUCGGUAACACCGUGGAUGGAAAGGGUGAAGGCGUCGGGGUCGAUCAAACAACCCUGGAGAACGAGAUCCUGGAGAAUCUGGACGAGACCAUCGAGAGAUUCGAUAGCGUCGAGGCGUCGCGGGAGGAGAAGAAGAUGGACAGCUUCAGCAGCGACUCGAUUCAAAACGAUAGCCCUUCGUCGGGGACGAGGAACUCCAAGGUGGCCAGGUUGCAGGAGACCUUCAAUUCCUCGUGGGACUCGGGGGUCGGCGUGGACGUGGGCACCGGGAGUGGCUGGGUCAGGAUACACACGGGGAUCGAGAGCAGCCUCGUCUAUCUUACUCUGGACACCACCGCUAAAGACGUCUGCAGGGACAUGCUGUUAGGAGACGACUUGUCUCUGUUUAUUCAGUACGGGGGCGAGACCGGAAGGAGAUUGGCCAGCCGCGAGAAACCGCUGGAGAUACAGGACCAAUUUCUCCAAAAGCUGGGCUACCAGGACGUAUCGAGACGUUCUCGACUGGGCGUCGAUCCUGAAUUACGACACCUCGUUGCUUUCCACGUGGGUCCCGCAUCGCCAUUGGCCGACCUGGUGGGAUACAGCCGUUGCGGGUACGCGCUCGUGUUGAAGGGGUUGGUUUUUCCCCAGUGGAAGAGGCGACCCUUGGCCGUCAUCGGAUCCAGGCUCUUCCUUUAUCCGGCCUGUCCGGAGUCCCGACCAGAAUGGAUGGAGCUGGCUGGCGGGGGUGGCGCAGUCUGCUAUGCCCCGUCACGUCUGGGUAAACUCGUGUUGCGUAUCACUGGAUUUCCAAGGGUCACUCAGCAGUGUCAUCAAACUCAGCAACAAGGAGACAGCCACCAUUGUGAAACGCGUCACUUAUAUCUCGGCUUUCACCACCCCUGGGACAGAGAUCUGUGGAAAAGUUGGAUUAAACAGGCUAUACACUUGUCAUCGUGCCCGAAGCAGUUGGAUCUCAGCAAUGGAGGUCUGUCAAGGAUUCCUGACAGCGCUGUAGCAUUCCCCGCCAUUGAAGAGCUGGUGCUGAGCCAAAAUCAGCUUACACACACCAACAACAACCUGACGCUUCUGCACAGGUUCCCGAAACUUCAUAUUCUCCAUGUGGAGGGCAACGAACUGAAGAAAAUUCCGCAAGAGUUACUGGAGCUCAGGGGACUUACCUACCUCAAUCUCUCGGACAACAAAAUCGAGAAGAUUCCGGCUGACAUAAGCCAGCUUAUCAACCUCAAAGAAUUGAUCUUAGAUCGUAAUGGGAUUAAAGAUCUGCCGCGCGAAGUCGGCGAGCUGAAGAACUUGAGAAACAUUUCCUUGGCCGGGAAUUGCCUCAACAGUCCGCCAUCUUUCUUCAACAUGCGUGCCUUCAUGCUAACGGACGUUUUGUCAAAAACCGACAAUGCCAGAGUGUACAAGGAUGAGAAAAAUAAUCAGAAUUAUCUGUACAAAGUCAAUCUGCGGAACAAUCAAUUGAAGGGGAACAUCAUUCUUGGAAAUUACGGAAAUUUAACGCACCUAGACGUCAGUGAAAAUAGCAUUGAGAAAUUGGACAUCAGUGCUCUUCAAGAAUUACGGAGCGUCCGUUGCGCGCGAAAUAUUUUGACAGAAUUGACAGUCUGCGGGAGGAAUCUCGUGUCACUUAUCGCUGGAAAUAACAAAUUGAAGAAAUUAACUAUUGAACCUGUGCCAAUCACUCUGGAACAUCUCGAUGUCUCUUAUAACAACUUAGACGCUCUUCCAGAAUGGACGCCGGACCUUCCGGUUUUGCGUGCCCUUUUUGCCUCUCACAAUGCUCUAACAGCCCUUCCUGACAGGCUGUUAACACAGCCGUCGCGUCUGGAAGUUCUUCAUCUGCCCCACAAUAGGCUACAAGCUCUACCACCACCCAGGAAACCGCUGAACAUUGUUCACUUGACGCUGCAAGACAAUGCACUGACAGCAUUGCCCACGAGUUUCUUCGUCAAUACGGAAAAAAUGAAGGUGCUGAAUCUCUCCAACAAUCGACUAUCAGAACUUCCUCAUCUGGGCGAAGGGAACAGAAGUCGACAGAGCAAUCACAGCUUGGAAAAACUGUAUCUCACUGCGAAUUGUUUAACAGACACAGCGUUAGAUACUCUAGCAAAACUGACGUCCCUGCGAGUUCUUCAUAUAGCGUAUAACACUCUGGACACGCUUCCGGAAAGUUGCACUGCAUCGUGGAGAGAUUUAGAGGAAUUAGUACUAUCAGGGAAUCGUCUUCAGUACCUGCCAGAUAAUGUAGCCAAUCUGCGUCAUUUGCGUGUUCUACGCGUCCAUUCCAACCGGCUUCUAACUUGCCCCACGUUCAAUAAAACGGCAUCGUUGAAGGUAUUGGACUUAGCUCACAAUCAACUGGACAGAGUGAACCUGGCUACUUUAGUGCCACCUCAGCUGCAGUUUCUGGACAUAUCCUGUAAUUCGAGGCUCCACGUGGACCCUAGGCAGUUCCAAGUGUACAGGUCUCAGCGACCGAUAUCGUUGGUUGACGUGUCAGGACAAAAUAGACCGAGCCUGCCCUCUCAUCCUCAUCAGCAAGAGAUCGUUUCCGCCGAGAAGGGCGCGGAACAGCCGUGGAGAUUAGGAUUUUCGGAAACAGCUGGGUCCAGGGAGAGAUUGUACGUUUCGCAAGUUCGAAUGCCAUCGUUCUGCAACGUGGAAGGUCUGUUCGGUAUAUUCGAUGGCGGCUCGAACCAGGAAGCACCGAGUGCCCUCCAGGAAAUGAUACCACGAUUAUUGUUGGAGGAGAGGACCGUCAGGGAAACGUCGAAAGAAUAUUUAAAGUACACGCUGCUCUCGGCCCACCGAGAGUUGAAAGAAAAAGGUCAGAAAUAUGGGAUCGACGCUACCCUGGCGCACAUCAUCAGGAUUCAGUCGCAACAGGGUUUCCCGAAGGCGCCCACGAGGUAUUCGUUGAAGGUGGCUUCCUCCGGAGACGCAAGAGCAGUCCUUUGCAGAGCAGCUGGACCAUUGACUUUAGCCCCACCUAAGAAAGUUCCUGUGAAGAAUCAACUGGGCAACGCAGCCAUGUUCCCUCUGGUAGUUCCCGACCCGACGUUCGAGGAAGUUGAUCUGGAAGACGACGACGAGUUCGUGAUAAUAGCCAAUCGAAGACUGUGGGAAGUGUUGAGCGUGCAGGAAGCUGUACGGGAAGCCAGAGCAGAGGCCAGUCCUGUUUUAGCCGCCAAAAGGCUUCAAGAUCUGGCCCAGGCCUAUGGAGCAGAGGAUAAUCUGAGCAUCGUAGUCAUUAGGCUAACGGGACCUAAUCAGGGCGAUUUGGAUCAGCUUAUGAGAGAACUGAGACACGCUGUUGGCAAAAAUAGGGGUCAGACAGAAGGGGGAUGUCCAUGUCCUUGUUGCGUGCCACCGGCAGCUCACAAACCACCUGGGCCCUGUUGCUGUCACGCGAACGAGGGUUAUUACUUGAACGGGGUGUUAAAAAGUAUAGUAAACAGGACAAACAAAGCUCAUAACGGAUCUGGCAGAUACUUCAAGAAUCGUCGACCGGCGCAAGAGAAUGAGAGUCCACCGUACAAGGAUGACAGAAGCUCGCCGAGUGGUCAGUCCGAUCAAGCCAGCGACAGCACUUUUAAGUCGAGACAUCCUUCCGGUAGAGUCUGGUCUGGAAGCGCCGCUUCCAGGGCCACGAACAAAGCACGCCAAAGCGUUUUCGUGAACGAAAAUGGCACGAGAAAGGUAUCGACCUGCCUCGCGGCGCAAGAAGACACCGUGUCGGAGAGGUCUGGUGCCCUCAGCGAAGAGCAAUUUCGUUGCUGGGAGUACAUGCUGGAGCAAAACACUCAGCUCUUGUUCGACAAGGAACUGGACACCUUAACGAGGACGCCGCUGCGCAGAGGCCAAUCGAGAUCCACGCCUCAAUUAGGAAGCAAUUUGCCUUUUCUGUCGAAGAGGUUCGGUAGCGCCAGAUCCUUUAAUCCUUCCCUGCCGCGGCCCCCCAUCGUACGAUUCGGUAGCGGAAGAAGAUUACUGAACGGGGGUCCGAACGCGGCUUACUUUGGCAGCCUUCAGAGGCUGAUGCCGUACAAUCUCGAAUACGAUUUCGCGGUCAUCCAAGAAAGAAACGGUUUAGACUCUUUGGAACAGGACGCGACGCGGAUGCAACAGUAUUGGGGGGUAGCUACGACCGAGUUGUGAUCUAGAACGAAGCCCGAUUUUGAAAUUGUGAUACGAUGUCGAAAGGUAUAUCUUAUCAUUAUUAACGAUCGAUACGAAACGUCGAUAGAUAUAUUGGGCUGUCAACAAAGAUAUUAGGAAACCCUUUCUUGCUUCGAUGCGAGAUAUAGUAACGCAGAGUCUCUCAAACUGCUGUCCAAGAGCCAGCGGAAGUCCACAAAUUCUCAGAAGAAAGGGAAUAUUUUAUCCACAUUAUAUUCAUAAAAAAAAUCUUAAAUAUUUAGAAACACUGGAAAAUCGAAGAAUUCUUUAUUACUAUUCGAUAAAAAAAAUUUAUUAUUGAGUAGUAAUAAAAAGUUUCAAGAAGAACUAAGGUUUUAAAAAUAGGUAUUUCAUUCUAAUUUAGGAGGCUCGUUAAAUAGGUUUGAGAAAUACUACUGUAAUUGAUAAAACGACACUCGUGAUCUUUAUCCUUUUUUCAGCCAUACAAUUCUUUUUUCGUCGACUCGAAACUUUCACUGCUAGGAAACGAAGACAAUGAAGGAUAUAAAUAGAAUAACGUUACGUAAUCGGUGUGUUUCAAACCAACGUCGAUACGCUUUAAAGAUUUGGUAACAGACUUGAUAAAAAAACUCGUUAGUUUUCAAUCGUUAUGUAAUUAUACCUUUCAACGAAAAAGUAUGGAACGUUAUAAGGCAUCAUAAUAUGAAUGUAAAUAUUACGGUAAACACCCAACAACGUCGAACGAAAAUAAUAGAAAGGGUGUUAAGUGUAACAAGUGGGGCGUACUUACAAAAAUGUUGUACAUAGUAAAUCAUGUAUUAUAUUCUAGAAUGCACGUGACGUACAUGUACAGACACGUGUUUAGUCGUGACAACUAAUCGAGAUAAGUUAUCGUGAAGCCAAACCGUGAACUAAACGUUUGUAUGAUAUGUGUGACUCUAUUCAAGUAGC